UCUUAGGAAACCAUCAAUUGUAAAAUGGAUCUCUUGCGCAUUCUUUCCUUGGCCACUUUGCUUAUUUUGUCAUCGUUUGUUGUAGCAUAUGCUAGCGAGGAUACACCAACUUCUUCGGAGUAUGAGACUCCAUCAUACACUCCAACUCCUGUAAACGAGUCCCUAUCAUACACCCAAACCCCGGAAUAUAGUCCAUCUCCAACGUAUGAAACCCCAUCAUACACCCAAACCCCGGAAUAUAGUCCAUCUCCAACGUAUGAAACCCCAUCAUACACCCAAACCCCAGAAUAUAGUCCAUCUCCAACAUAUGAAUCCCCAUCAUACACCUCUACCCCAGUGAACAGCCCAUCUCCUACAUAUGAGACUCCAUCUUACAGCCCAUCUCCUGUCUAUGAAACUCCAGCAUACACUCCAUCUCCAUCUUACAGCCCCUCUCCCGCGUAUGAAACUCCUUCAUACACUCCAUCUCCAUCUUACAGCCCAUCUCCCGCGUAUGAAACUCCUUCAUACACUCCAUCUCCAUCUUACAGCCCAUCUCCCGCAUAUGAAACUCCUUCAUACACUCCAUCUCCAUCUUACAGCCCAUCUCCCGUGUAUGAGACUCCAUCAUACACCCCAACCCCAUCAUACGGCCCGUCUCCUAAAUAUGAAACCCCAGCAUACACUCCAACCCCUUCCUACAGCCCAUCACCUAUGUAUGAGACACCGUCAUACACCACAACCCCGGUCUACAGUCCAUCACCUAAGGAUGAGACACCAUCAUACACGUCAACCCCAACCUACAGCCCAGCUCCUAAAUAUGAAACACCGGUAUAUAACCCAACUCCAUCUUACAGCCCAUCCCCUAAGUAUGAGACCCCAUCAUACACUAACUCCCCAGUCUACAACCCAUCACCUAAGUAUGAGACACCGUCAUACACCAACUCCCCAGUCUACAACCCAUCACCUAAGUAUGAGACACCGUCAUACACCAACUCCCCAGUCUACAGCCCAUCUCCUAAAUACGAAGACUCAUCAUACACCCCAACCCCAGUUUACAACUCUUCACCUAAGUAUGAUACUCCAACAUACAGCAAUGAAACCCCAGCUUAUAGCCCAUCUGCUAAGUGUGAAACACCAUCAUACACUCCAGCCCCGGCUUACACAUAUUCAUCUGAGUAUGAAACUCCAUCAUACACCCAAACUCCGGAGUACAAGCCAUCUCCAGAAUAUGAAACCGUAAACACCCCAGCCCCAUCUUACAUGCCUUCUCCAAAGAAUGAUGUCCCUUCAUACUCUCAAUCCCCAGAUUACAACCCUUCUUCUACAUACAAAACCCCAUCAACCUCCUCUCCUACAUAUGACAACAAAAACUAUUACACUCAAGAAAAGGACCUACCUACCCUUUAUGGUGUGCAAGGUGUCAUCUACUGUAGUUCAUGUUAUGAAUUCACACCAAUUGAAGGAGCUGUAGCCAAAAUUUCUUGUAAAGCAAAGCAUGGAUACAAAGAAGCUAAAUUCUCCAUGUUAACCCCUAAAACAGACAAAAAUGGCUACUUCUUAGCUACAUUUACUCCUGAACAACUUGGUGACCAUUUGAAGCCAACAGAUUGCAAAGUUUCCCUUAAAAGCUCUUCAUCAAAGACUUGUAACGUUGCUACGAACGUGCACCUAGGAAGAUCAGGAGCUCCCCUCAUCUAUACAGAGCAUCUUGCAGGGUACCAAAAUGCAUACAACUUGGAUUUGUAUUCUGUUCCCAUUUUUGCUUACACUUCUAAGACAAAAUGUGAAAAUUAUCCAGCUUACCACAAAAAAUCAGGUUACAAGGCUCCUACAUACACCCCAUCAACCUACACUCCUAAAUCGAGUUACAAGGCUCCUACAUACACCCCAUCAACCUACACCCCUAAAUCGAGCUAUGAGGCUCCGGCUUACACCCCAUCAGCCUACGCUCCAAAAUCAAGCUACGAGGCUCCUACAUACAAGCCAUCAAGCUACAAGGCUACAUCAUACACUCCAUCAACCUACACUCCUGAAGCAAGUGACAAGGACCACUCAUCAUGCCCCCCACCAGCCUAUACUCCAAGCUAUUAAACUCCAUCACAUACUACUCCAUAGUCGAGUUAAGAAACUCCGGUGGUUAUACUCCAAACCCACUGGACGAAGCCCCUACCUACACCAAUUAUGGAUAUUAAGAAAGAAAAUAUUAUGAUUUCAUUCAUUUUCCACUAUAUACUAUAUCUAUAUCCUUAAUUUAUACCUAACUUAAUAUCAAGUUAUAGAUGGCCGUUACUACUGUGCUAUUUGUAUUACAGAGAAUUAUAAUAAUACUAAUUGUCUAAGUCUUUAUAUUAGCAUUUAACUUUGUGUUCCAUAAAACAUGCUUCUAAACU